CACCUGAGUGGCGGAGGAAAAAUUGAGCAAGUAAAUGUAUAUUAGGAUUCAUGGACAGUUCAUCUACAGCUAUCAGCUUUCAUGUUCGCUCUUUAGCCCCCCUAUACACUCUGGUGAUUUUGCAGAAGAUGGAAACUGCCAUAACUGCGGUUGCAGGUGAACUCGUCAGCCGAAUUAUCUCCUUCACCAUAAACAAGUACUACGGGAGCAAAAUUUGCUUGGAGGAGGAGGUGGAGAGGUUAAAACAUCUCCUGAUGAGAGUUCAUACCGUUGUGGAGGAGGCAGAUGCACGAUACAUCACAAACUCUGGAAUGUUGAUGCAGCUCAAGGUACUUUCGGAGGCCAUGUAUAGAGGCUACCAUGCGCUGGAUACCUUCAAAUUCCAGCUCCACAAGGAAAGUUCCAUGAACAAGGUUAGCAACUCACUCUCCUUCUCUUCUGCCAAUCCUCUCAAACGUCCUCGCACAAUUGUUGAUUCAACGAACAAGGGCAAGGUCCUCAAUCUUAAGGUUCAUGGAGCAUUGGGAAGCCUAGAAACAAUUGUUGCUAACAUAGCAGAGUUCGUUUCACUUUUGGGUGGGUGUGAACGCAUGUCCCGUAGACCCUACGAUGCAUAUCUUUACAUCGACAAUUUCAUGUUUGGUCGACUUACCGAAAAGCAGAAGCUCUUGAACUUUUUGUUGGAUCAUAACCCACCUGGUGCACCAGCAGUCCUUCCAAUCAUUGGUGGUCUUGCGUUUGGGAAGAAAACUUUGGUUGCUCAUGUAUGUGCUGAUGAGAGGGUGCGAUCGCACUUCUCUUCAAUUUUGCAUCUGAAUGGAGACAACUUUCUGACUGUUCUCGGCCAUGAAAGAGCUAUAUUGGGGAUGCAGCUAGUGGUUGUUGAGUUUGUUUCAGAAGUAGAUGAUGUGGACUGGAAAGCAUUUUAUUCAUUUGUUACAAGAACGAAUAGAAGAAGCAAGGUAAUCAUAAUAAGCAAACUUGAAAGGUUAGCGAGGUUUGGAUCAGUAAGGCCAAUUUUCCUUAAUUCCUUGUCAUAUGAGGAGUUCUGGUACCUCUUCAAGAUACUUGCAUUCGGAAGUGCAAACCCGUCGGAACAUCCACGACUAGUACAAAUAGCAGAAGAAUUUGCCAUGGAUUUGCAUAUGGGAGGAUCACUUGUCGCAGCAAAUGCAUUAGCCGAAGUAUUGAGAGGAAACCUGAAUGCUCAGCUCUGGCUUUGCAUAUUGGACAGGUGCAGAAGAGUGAUUGAUAGGAACCUCUCCGUGUAUGGUGAGCAUCUAAACUUACGUCUUGAUCAAGGUCAUGAAGUAGACCUAAGAGACUUUUCUUUGCAUCCUGCUUCUCCACUCCGCAUCAUACCUUGUACUGGUAGCAGAAGCACAACUUAUGUUCCAGUGAAGAAGGAACUACCACAGGUGACCUUUGCAGAACUACUCGUAGAUCCUUCCGUUAGGCCAAAAGGAGAAUUCAAUCUAUUGUCAUGGGAAUCAAGGUUACCUCCUUAUACUUCUUUUGUUCACUUUGCUCCAAAUUGUACUCAAGAUAUGCCUGAAGGUAGACCUCUAUCAGGGAGGAAGCGCCGAGGAGUGACUUUCUAAUAUUACACAUGAAGCCUACCUGAUGUAAUUAUGUUAUAGCAGAUGUUUUAUAUUUAUAUCUAUAGCAAAAGUAUGUAUACCACGAAUUUGUCAAGCA